UUAAUGGUCACUGUCUUGUAACAAAGUCAGUGAUCAGAUUUUAUUAGCAAGUUCAAUGAGGUCACAUGCGUGGGUGUUUGUAACCUGAUCUGCUUUCUUGUGGGUGGAAACAUUUAGACUGCAUGAGUCUAAAGAUUUCCACCCCAUUAAAGAACUUGAUCUUUCUUUCUCUUAGUCUGAGCACCAAACAAAAUCUUUUUGUAAUGGCAAGUGACAGGGACCGUAAUGAACCAGACUAUGUACCCCCUGGGCCAAAAGAGAGUCUUCAUCCAAUCGAUGUUACUCCUGAAGUUAUAAGCAUUGCUCAAAAGAUGAAGAAAGAUGCUGAAAAGAAGCUUAAGAUAAAGCCAGGCUAUACUACCUUCACUCCUUUGUCCUAUAUAAAGGAAGGAGAAACUGAUUACUGCAUAAGAGUUAAGGUUGAUAAUGAUCAGUUAAUAGAUGUCUUUGGUAAAUAUGUUGCUGGUUCUGUCAUGAGAGUUAAAGCAAAGACUGUUACUGAAGAUAAUAAGAUGACAUUUGAUUUUUGAAUUAAUGAUAUACGUAAUUAUUAUUAUUCAGGUUGCUUUUUGUUUAAUAUUUAAAAACAUUAUGCUCUGGAGUAUGGACGCAAAAGUAA